AUGGCUAAGUCUGGAAUUGCAGUUGGAUUAAACAAGGGCCACAAGACCACCGCUAAGGAAGUCGCUCCAAAGAUCUCCUACAGAAAAGGUGCUUCAUCAAAGAGAACCGUCUUUGUCCGUUCAAUCGUCAGUGAAGUCUCAGGAUUGGCUCCAUACGAAAGAAGAUUGAUUGAAUUGAUCAGAAACGCUGGUGAAAAGAGAGCUAAGAAGUUAGCUAAGAAGAGAUUGGGUACCCACAAGAGAGCUUUGAGAAAGGUUGAAGAGAUGAACAACAUCAUUGCUGAAUCAAGAAAGCACUAA